AUGGCUUCAGGUGCGAUUUCUUUCAAGGAUCGCCUGCUUUCCGGCGAGGUCCCCGAGGUUGUGGCUGAUGCCUUAGUGGAUGCAGGCCUCACUGAUCGCCUUUUCUCUGCGAUUGUGGUUAAAGUUGAAGACCUGGAGUCUGCUUUGGAGCAAUGGGUCCCAGCGGCCCUUUUGGCCGCACACCCUGCUGCAGUUCCAGCCCUACGCUUGCUUUGGCUUGAGAGUUGCCACGCUUCUUUGCGUCCAGCUGCUGGGGGCAGUUUCCCGCCCAGCCCUCCGGCAGGUGGCUUAGGUCCAUCCCCAGACGGUGCUACUCCGGGGUCUUGGGCUGAGACCUUUGCACCCAAGCUUUCCGCGGCAAAAGUCAACGAAAUGAAGGAUGCUUUUUUCGAGCAGUAUCCUAGCGAGCUUUUGGACCCAGAUCUGAUGCCCUCCAUUCGCUUGCUUUCACACGUGUACAAGCAGUCAUGUUCCAAGGAGUUUGCUUUUGUGCCUUGGAAGUUUCGCAUGUCGGUCAAGCUGCACGAGGAGCAGCAGAUGGCCAAACCGGCAAAGCGAGCUCGCUCUGAGCUUUCGGACUUGCUUUUUGAUGACGUGCCUACGAGGGACAUUCCUUCGUCGGGUGGAAUGGGGAUGUAUCAUUGUCAACAAAUCCUCGGCCUGCUUUCUUCUGCUUUGGCACUUUGCGGGGCCGCGCACUUGCACACCUUGCGAAACUAUGAGCGCUGCUUUAUGCGCCAUGCUUUCGCGAAGGUCAGUGUGGACUCCGGCCUGAGGGGACCGAACUCCGAGGAGAUGCAACAUGCUGAUCGCAUGCUUUGGUCCUCAAUUGCAGAACUUUGUUCGAAGGGCUUUGCUUUGGAUGAUGCAAUCCAUGAGGUCGUGGACGUUCGUGCCGGUGUCAGUACUUGGUUGCAGCCACGUGCUGCUCCUGUCAAGAUUAAGGACUUUAAUGCUUUUCAGGCAUUGGGCCGUGGUCGUGGCGGCAAAGGCAAGGGCAAGGGCUUCGGAAAGAGCUUUACGAACACAGGCAAGGGCAAUACGGGCACACCUUCCACCGGUGCUUCUGAGCGUAUCCCCUGGGUCAACCAUAUUAUGGAUAAAGGCGAGAAGAAGAUGCUUUGUAUGGACUACAAUCGCCGCCAGGGCUGCUCUCGUGGGAAAAAUUGCAAAUUUUUGCACCGUUGCUGUGUGACAACCACGCCUGUGGCAAGUCCCAUCCUGCUUUUGAGCACCCGGGGAAUGCCCAAUAGGGAACAGUGCAGCAGCCAGGGUUCUCCCUUGCUACCUCCUCCAGGUGACUGGUGUGAAACGGCAGCUUUACCUUCUCCACCUGCUUUGUCAGGUGACCUUUCUCCGAGCACGCCACACUUGCCAGAUGAUGUGGUGGAUGAGGCUCUCAUUUCUUCAGUGAUUUCUCCGGCCCAGGCUCCGACCUCGGGUCCUGGCAUUGUCUCCGAUUCAUUGCUUUCUAGCAAGGGCAAGAUACUUUUGGACGUGUGCUGCGGCAGCAUUCGCCCGAUUUCCUUGGCAGCCCUGGGCCUGGGCCUGGGCUUUGCAGUGUUGUCAGUGGACUCAGCGUUUCAAGAACCCAUUGACAUUAUGGUGGACAACCAGUUUGAGCUUUUGCUUCGAGUUUGCUUCUCAGGUAUAAUUUGGUUCGCUUUCGCGAAUCCCCCGGCCCGCUCCGAGGUCCCACACGAUUCAGAACAUUCCGGCUCGGCCACCCCGGCACUUUUGGAACGAUGCGCAACACUCCUGCUUGCGACCUUUCAGGCUGGAGGCCAUGUUUGCCUGAUACAGUCGGCUGGUUCUACAUCUUGGGAACACCCGCUGGUUCGACGUAUGCUUUUAGAGAUUUCCGCCGCAUGUGUUCUGGUGAAGUCCUCAGACUGGGACGCGCAGAGUAGUUUGCAGUGGUUGUUUGCAUCGUCCUUUCACGGCCUCAGAGCUCUCUCUGCAUCAUCGCCGCUGGUGCCCAGCAGCAAUGCUGAUUGCUUUUCUGAUUAUGGCAGGCUUCCAGCCGACUUAGUGUCGCAGAUUCUACAGACUUUGGCUCCUUUACAGCUUUCUGGUGACGCUUUGGAUCUUUCCUUGCUUUCAGCCGUGGGACGAAUUCCAAUCAAAGAUUUCGGUGUCCCUCCUUUUGCUUUCCAGGAUGGUGGCGGCAUGGGCUCCUGCCCCGACUGGAGCUGUCCUCCUCCGGGAGUACCCAACAAGCUGGCUUCAUUGCGGCAAUCAUGGCUGUCCUUUCUUUUUGCCAAGCGCCUGCCCGGCCGCCUGCAGGAACACAUAUCCCAACGCGGCGAGGGCAGUUUCUUUCUGCCUGAAGAAGUUUCACAACUUCGGGCGCUUUUUGGCCAGUGGGUUGCAUCGCAGGGAGGACCGCAUAGCAUUGAUUGGACAGUAGAUGCGGAACAGCCUUAUUGCCUUCGGGCACUUUCCGUAUUCAGCACCAUGCUCUCUGAUCCGGAUCGAUCACUCUUUCCUGCUUUGAUCGAGGGGGUGCCCACCGGCUUUGACAAGAAUAUCCCGGCCAGUAACGUUUUUGCCAAGCGUCCGGUAGGGGAUCCUGAAGAUGUUGACCUCAUACUUUGUGAAGGCAACUGGUCUUCUGCCGAAGCGAACCCUGCUCUUCUCCGAGAGAUGGUGGCCAAGGAAGUGGAACUUGGCUUCCUAGAAGAGGUACCACUUGAAACUGCUUUGGAAAGGUGGCCUGACCGCUGUGCAGUUGGUAAGAUGAGCAUCGUUUCUAGUGAGGGUCGACCUGACCGUUUGGUUGUGGACAACUCCAUUUGCAACACUAAUGCUUUGUGCCAGAUUGAUGAGACCUAUACUUUGCCGCUAUUGGGAUCGGCACGUGCUUCUUUUCCCUUGCGGGGGCCGUCCUGUAAUCUUUCUGCGGCCACCAUAGAUGUGAAAUCUGCGCAUAAAGCAAUGAAGGUCAAGGAGAGUGACCGUGGCCUGCUUGGAGUUCAAUGUGACGGCCGGCACUAUUUUUAUUCUGUUUGUCCAUUCGGUGCAUGUUUCAGUGCUUUGUGGUGGGCACGACUGGGCAGCUUCUUCGUUCGUGCUUUACAUCUUCUGAUUUAUAUCAGACACUCGCUCAUGUUAUACGUGGACGACUUCUUUCUCACACAAGGGGAGUCCACCAUCUUUGCCACUACAGUGCUGAUUUUAGCAUUUUGCGUUUGCUUUAAUAUUCCUUUGAGCUGGCGCAAACUGGACAUUGGACCAGAAGUGGUGUGGAUAGGCUGGUGCAUCAAUGUGCGGGCAGGCUGCUUUUCGAUUCCGCAGAGCAAGAGAGAUCGUUUGCUUUCGCAGGUCACAUCUUUGUUGCGCAACUCUGGGAACGCGCACAAGUGGGAUUUGCACAAAGUGACUGGUAUGAUUCAGUGGUUUCUGCAUGCCUUUCCCCAUCUUCGACCUUGGGUUGGUGUGCUUUACAAGGAUCUCCACUGCCCGCCAGCCACUUUGCAUAGCAUCGACCCGCAUUACUUUGCUGAUCUACAUGAUUGUGUUGACGACAACUUGCUUUUUGUACGUGUACCGUCAGGUACUGCCAUCCCUCUUGGUGCCAAGCUGAUUGAUGUCAGGCAUAUGCCUAUCCGACGCCGCUCUGACCUUGCCAAAAUCGACAUGCCAAAUGGGGCAUCCUCUUUUCAUGGGGACAUGCCCGCCGCAGAUGAGCUGCUUUACGACCUCCCUUUCUGGGACAUGUCAUGCAGCGUGUCGAUCCUUGCCAUUCCUGAGGUGAUCUUUGUGAUACUCGUCUGGCAUCACAGGGCUUUCGACAACAGCUUCACAAUGCUUGCUUUGCUUCUGCAUAGCUUGCACUGCUACAGCCGUUGCACCACCAGUCAAAAGAGUUGUGAACUGGUCCUUUCGAUCCGGGCCCCGAAAGCGCGCCGAGUAUGGCGCAACCAGUGCGUCAUUGUCAAGAACUGGGCACUGAUCAGUUGGCUGGUUUGGUGGAUGGAGGGGAAGCCGAGCAAAGAGAAAUUGUUCCGAGUGGCACGCCGGGACUGGGCAAAGCUGUUCGCCAAGGGCUUGGAGCUUCUACGUGUUCAUGAUCUAGGAUACACAUUAGGGUCGCUACGCGGAGGUGGUGCUACACACUUGUUCCGAGUGACUGAGAACCUGGCGCUUUUGCAAUUCGCAGGGCGCUGGGCCCGUCAGGAGACUGUCAAGUCGUACUUGCAGGAGGGGUUAGCGCUCCAGGUGGCCUGCUCAGCGAGUGCUGUUGGAAGAGAGAAGUUGUCCGAAGCGCACUCCGAGUGGCGUUUGUUUAGAACACACUGGCCGGCUGCCGGCGCGCCCCUCUACUUCAGAAAGUUCGCGGCCGUUUUCUUCGGACCAGUCGGGCAGUGCUGCUGGACCGUUGGCACGGGCGCAGGCGACUCGAACUACAGCCAGCGUGAGACCGACCAGCUCUUCUUCUUCCUCGUCGGUGGCGGCGUCUGCAAACAAGCAGGGGCCUUCAGUGGGGGCGCAGAGUCAAGUGACAGGGUCGUCGGUGUGCUACCACGGCGACUCUCGCUUCUACGUGGUCUGGGAUGGACGGCGGGACCAGCCAAGACAACCUGGCCUCGUCGCCUGGAGGCCGCCCUUCCAAACGGGCGACUCUCCGGCUCUCACGUACGACUCCGACGAGUGCAAAGCCUAGCAGAAGCAGAGACCUUGUGGCACCGGGCGGCAACGGACGUCCUGUUGGAAGCGGCGCACACGGCAGCAGUGCAACUAGGAGAUGAACCUGUGGAUGCUGGGUUGACUCCUGCAGAGGUACUUCAAGAUCCCUCUGCUUGCGCCACUGCUACGCGUUGGAAGGCUGGCUCUACCGCUCGUCGAGUGACCGCAGCCCUGGCUUCGCUGUCUACGUGGACGGGCCAAGGCCGUGCGCCGGUCCACGAGCUGCAGCCGGUCAGAACGAGGCCGUUAACUCGGCCAGUUGACGGGCCGCGCCAGCUGUUCACUGGGGAGCUUUUGAGACGGUGGUUGCCGCUUACAAGAUGGAGAACGUGGCUGAUCCUGAUGAUGGUUCUGAUCUUCCCGCGCGUCAUCGCGCUGCUCCUGGCGUUAAUGGUGCGGCUUUGUGUCCGCGGCGUGGUGGCCAUUGCCAUCCAUUUUGGCCGUGAGAUCUUCUUCCAGAUCACCGCAGCGGCAGCGGAGGUUGAAGACUCCUUGGUGCUGUGGCUCUCGGAGCUCCUCAUGGGAGGCCCCAGCACGCUACAGCCACCGCUGCUCCUGUCUGAUGGGACUCCGGCCCCUGCGCCGCCGCCGCCGCCGCCAGGUGGCAUCACGAAUACCCUCCCGGCCCGCCCUUUUGACUGCGUGACGAUCGUGCUCCUUCUCUGGAACCUGUACCGUGGUCAGCCUGUACGUGGGGGUGGUGGAGAACCAGGAGGUUAA